UCUUUUAAAAAGAAGCGUCAAAGCCGACAGAAUUAAUCAAGUUGGCUGUGUGGUUAAUUUAAAUAAAAUAAUCUGAGAAAAUGUCGCACUUGUUUGACGAGGAAGUGUUGGAGUCCCUGACCUACGAGCGUUCCAAAAUCUGGUCAAGUUUUCUAUCGAUUUAUGAGGAGAAGGAAGAUGGCAGAGAAAUUGAUGUUGCUAAUUUGGAAGAGAUAUUCAAAGACGAAGAUGAUGACGAAGUGCUGGACGCCAAGUACGAGGCCGAAGAAAGUGAGGCAGAUGAAGACAUCAAUAACACAACACAAAGCAUGACAAAAGCGGAAUUAACGUUAAUGUUGUGCAGCGGCGAUAAUAAAGAAAUUCUGGAUCAUACGAUGCCUAUUGUGCAGGAGCAUGAGCGUAAGUGGAAGGAGGCUGGCCUGGAUCGCAUAUUGAACACAUUCGACUCGGAGCAGAUUGAGCAGCAUGUGGGCAACUGGCUGAGACGACACAAUAGCACAUAUUGUGAGAGCACACUGCUACAGACGACACUGCCUAAGACGCACCACAAACGCAAUCAAAUAUAUACCACAAGUGACAGCGAGCAGAGCGAUGAUAAGGCCAUGGAGACGGCACGUUACAUAUGCAAACGGAGCAGCAAGUGUCAAAGUCCCAGGACAACAAUUAAGAUGUAUCGCAGUCAGCCACGAAAACGUGUCGAAAUGCGGGCCAAAUACGCCUGCCAGGAGUUCGAUGAGGAUCAUCAACAUAUGCAGUCGGUAAUAUCACGGCGGAAACAGCUACACCGACGGCAGCGGGAACAUGAGCUUAUAUAUCAUACAAGUCCGAGACAUUAUCCAUACAAGCGUCGCAAUCUUUCCCGUUUCUGUCACUCAGCAUCUUCCAGUGGGGAUGAACUUGCUCCCAGUCGCUGUGCCUGUAGUCCAUGUGCUAGUAGUGCCAUCUCCAAGACUGCCUAUCCAUACUAUACAUAUCAUAGCUAUCACAGUCGCGGUCACAGUCGCACUCACAGUCACAGUCGCACUCACAGUCACAGUCACAGCUAUCGUGACUAUGAUAAACGCUUGGAAUUGGGUUCCAGAUCAAUGGCUAGCUUGGUGCACUUCAAGCGCAGUGUGCGUCAGUUGAGACGUCAACAUGCUUUUGAGGAGGAUCUGCGUCCAAGAUUGGUAGAGAACAAAUGCAGCUGUUGCAACAAUGAUCGACUGUGCUCCAAUGUGGUGCACAUUGCCAAUAGCUCCACAGAGGAUUGGGUGGUGGAGAACAAGAGCAGUCCCGAUCCACCGCAGUUUGAAACGCCCAAGAGAUGCAAGGCAGCUUCUUUAAGUCGUCCCAAGUCACUGCAGAAAAAGAUGCAGGAGAAGCUGUUGAAAAAUCAAACAAGUUCGAUACCCAAAAAGACACCAGCUAAAACCAUAAAUUUAACAGAAGAAGAUAAAGAAAAUUUAAGGGAAGUAAACUUUAAUAUUCCGAAAUCGUUGCCGAAAACUAAAGCAGCUGUAACAUUCUCAAAUGUAGUACCUACAUCAUCUAAAUCGCUGUCGAGCAACAAGAAGCCUAAUCUUAAAGCCACUUCCUCGAAAUCUACAACUUUGUCUGAAGUCAGUAACGAAUCGAAAAGUGUCAAAGAACUUUCUACAAAAACCGUAGAGCCAACUUUCUCGAAAUCUACAACUGCGGCCAGUGCCAAAAAGGGAAAAUUGCUUCCAACUUUAUCUGAAACCAGUAAAGAAUCGAAAAAUAUCAAGGAAUCAAUUGUUAAACCUGAUAUUAGCAAGGAGACUAAACCGAAAAAGACAGCAACUAAAUCUGCAAAGAAAUUGACCAAAAGUAAGCGAGUUGAAAGUAAAAACUCCGAGGAGCAAACUGAAGUUAUACCGAAAUCUACAACUGCUUCAAUUGAAAAACAGGAAAAGUCGCUACAAACUAUUUCUAGUUUAGCUAAAAUCAGUAGGGAAUCCAAAAACGAAACACUUAAAGAUGAUAUCAGCAAAGAGACUAAACAAAAGAAAAAAACAACUAAAUCUGCAAAGAAAUUGACCAAAAGUUCACGGAUUGAUAGAAACAACUCCGAGGAGCAAACUGACGCUAGGUUGAAUGUAACUCAGAGUAGAAAGCGAACUCAAAUAAUUGAAUCAUCUGAAUCAGACGAUGAUUUAAAACAAGCCCUGGCAAUAUCGAGAGAAACUUAUGUGAUGGAAAUGGAAAAACUGAAGAUAGACGCAGAAUCUCAAAAGAUAAAUAAGUCGGCUACAGACUCACCACAGCUACCAGAGCAAUCAAUGUUUAACAACCACAGUGUGGCAUGCAACUCAACGGCACUCACCAAUGACACCGCAUGCGGUCGAGCACUUCAACCCAAAAAAAUGAUAAAAUCCCAACAGCCCGUUGUCGUCGCCAGCUCCUCGAAUAUUGUAAUCGAUCUAUGUAGCUCCGCUAGUUUCAGUAAUCAGCCGGAAGGUGAUGCUGACUGUACCAUGGUUACUUCAACAACAGGUUGCGAAGCCGGUGCAUCUGUUCCAGAUCCAAUAAUUGCAACCGAAAAACCACAUUUAAAAAUCUCGAAAAAGGGUGUUCUAUUGUAUGAACCGUCACAAUUAUCCACAGGAACUGGACAGAAUCAGAGCAUUAGCUCGAGCAAUAACAGUGCAAACUUUACGCUUACGGAACAGAUUUUAAGUCCUAUUAUUGGAGAACGUAAGGCACGCAAGUUCCUUAAAUACUACACAGGCAGUUGCAGCUUUGACAGUCGCUACUCUGUUUAUUAUCGUCCGCCGGCAAGGCUCUUGGCUGCCUUGAGCAGCGGUACCAAAUCCCUUGAUUUGGAUUCCUCCAGUUCCAGCGGGAGUGAAGAUGACGUCUUUGAGAUUGUUGCGCGUUAUGGAGUAAUUCACACUGUGCUAGAGAAGACCAGCGAGAACUGAUAUAUAUAUAUAAUUAUAAGAUUUGUUAUGCAAAGUAAAAGACAAAACCAGUUUCAAUGUGUAUGAAGUUUUAUAUAAAACAAAUUUGUGUUUAUAAU